UAAAUCUUAAACCAAACGGGCUUUGACUUUGAAAAACCGGAAGUGCGAUGGUUGUUGUAGCUCGAUGCUAACCGGUGUGGAUAUCAUGUCGGUUUGUUUGGGAGCGUUAAGACGCCGUUUUCGCCCGCCUGUCGGCCCCCGCGGUCACCCCUCCGCUGUCAGCGAAUCGCGCGGUUACACGUGACCAACGUAACGCCGCCGGACAGAUACAUACAGGAGAAAGUGUUCGACCGUUGGAUGGUGUCCGGGUGUUGGACUUGACUAGAGUUCUGGCUGGUCCCUUCGCCACCAUGAUCCUGGGAGAUCUUGGCGCAGAGGUGAUUAAAGUGGAGAAACCGGGCACAGGCGAUGACACCAGAGCCUGGGGUCCCCCAUUUGUCAGCUCAGAGAGCGCCUACUUCCUCAGUGUCAACCGCAACAAGAAAAGCAUUGCUGUGGACCUGAAGCAUCCCAGAGGACCCCAGAUCAUCCAGGAGUUAGCAGAAAUGUGUGAUGUGCUGGUUGAGAAUUUCCUGCCAGGGAAACUGUAUCACAUGGGUUUAGGCUACAAGCAACUGAGCAGGACCAACCCACAGCUCAUCUACUGCUCCAUAUCAGGUUUUGGACAGACAGGGCCUCAGUCUCAAAGUCCGGGCUACGACUCCAUCGCCUCUGCCAUGUCAGGGAUGAUGCACAUCACCGGGCCGGAGGAUGGCGAGCCAGUGCGUCCUGGUGUCGCCAUGACUGACCUGGCGACAGGGCUGUAUGCACACGGAGCCAUCAUGGCAGCCCUGCUGCAGCGGCACAAGAUGGGGAAGGGAGUUCACAUUGACUGCAACUUGCUGUCAUCACAGGUUUCCUGUCUCACCCACAUUGCGUCCAACUAUCUGAACGCUGGGAAAGAGGCGAGGCGCUGGGGAACAGCCCACGAGAGCAUUGUACCUUACCAGGGCUUUAGAACCAGAGAUGGACACAUUGUGGUGGCGGUGGGAAAUGAUGAGCAGUUUGUCCGAGUCUGCCAGGUCCUGGAUCUGACAAAGCUGACAGAGGAGCCGAAAUAUACAACCAACAAGCUGCGAGUCGAGAACCGCAAACAGCUGCUGCAAACGCUGUCGCAGAGGUUUCUGCAGGAGACGACGGCCAAUUGGCUGAGGAGGUUUGCGGGCUCAGGUGUUCCCGUUGGACCAAUCAACAGCAUUCAGGAGGUGUUCUCUGAUCCACAGGUGAAACACAACGGCCUCAUCCAAGAAAUAAACCAUCCGACAUCAGGACGUAUCUCUAUACCCGGUCCAGCCGUUCGUUUCAGUAGCUUCUCCCUCAGCUCACCGACUCCACCUCCUCUGAUUGGUCAGCACACGGUGCAGGUGCUGCGUCACACCUUGACUUACACUGAAGAUGUCAUCAAGGUGCUGCUGGAGUCAGGGGUGGUGGCCCAGAAUGAUGUAUCCUGAUUCCAAUGAUAAAAAGAUUUUAGCUGAAUAAAUAACAAAUAAAAAAAUGGUUGUUUUAAGGAAAGGCAGAAGGAAGGAUGAAAAGGAGGGAAGAAAGCAGGAACAAUGGGAAAAGGAAGGAAGGAAGUAACCAAGAAAUGAAGUAAUGAAGGAAAAAGAAAAAUGACCAAAGAAGGAAGGAAGUCUGACAAGUUAUUACCCUAUAAAGAGUAUAGAUUUUUUUUUUUUAUUUCACUUCAUUAACAAAUAAAACUAGAGAAUUGCAUUUUCUGAAGAAAAUGCG